CCAUUAAAUUUAAAAGAAGAAGACGUACUAGCAUCGCGGUUACUUACCUUAUUCAACCCGGGCUCACAUCUGGAUACAUCCCCGACUGUGUCUGAUCCUUCCACCGUGCACUAUUUUAAAGUAAGAGCUGUCUCUUCGUUGCAGUCAUGCCGAUGUUCGUGGUGAACACAAAUGUUGCAAAGGACGCGGUUCCUGCUGAGCUGCUCUCGGAGGCCACGCAGGAGCUUGCCAAAGCGAUGGGCAAACCCGCGCAGUACAUCGCCAUACACAUCAUCCCGGAUCAGAUGAUGAUGUUUGGGGGCAAAGGAGAUCCGUGCGCGCUCUGCUCUCUCACCAGCAUCGGCAAGAUUGGGGGCACGCAAAAUAAGCAGUACUCCAAACUACUUAUGGGCCUUCUUAACAAACACCUUGGAAUUUCACCUGACAGGAUCUAUAUAAACUUUGUUGAUAUGGAUGCAGCCAAUGUGGCUUGGAACAGCACCACCUUUGGUUAAAGAAUAUGGAUUUUUGGCUUGAUAUAAGGCAGUUUUAUUCCAGCUCUAUUCAGAGAAAAGCUUUUGGAACCAUAAUGCUAUCAGUCGAUUAAGUCUUAACUCACGGCACUUACUGCUUGCAGCAGACAACAUCUUGCUUUGACAAUAAAGCUUUCUUUAAACUGUA